CACACAGACAGGUACGGAAGCCGGCAAAAGACAAGAAAGAGAAGAGGGCGAUCCGGGCGGGACACGGAGGAACGGGGGAAACGACUUGUGCAUAAGGGCUGGAUACAGAUCGAUGAGACACUGGGGGGGAUUAUGCCUUUAAAUGUAUCUGGGGAAAUCUGGAGAAGAUGAGAAUGACAUCAGCUUCUGGAUCCUCCGGCGAGAGAAGGGCGGAUAAAGGAAAGUGGCCGUUGCGAGCAGUCAUUGCCUCACGCUGCGGGACGGGGCCAAGAUGGCAAUCCUGAACUGGUAAUACCAGUAUUUUUCCUGGGAAAUAACUGGAAUUUCUCUACUUUUGGCUUGAAACUUUUUUUUUUUUUUUACGGAUUCAGCGAGCUGGAGUAUAUGCUCAUUAUAGGACGCAUUAGAAUUCCAUCCGUCUGGUUACAGGUAGAGCGCAUCCGAAGAUUUGUAUGAACUGUCCCAUAUUCAGUCCAACGCGCCUAUCAUCACCCUGUCGCCUCCUGAGUCCGAUUUAUGGCUUUCAUGAUGAUGAAGAAGAAGAAAUUUAAGUUCCGGGUGGACUUUGAGUUGGAUGAGCUUUCGUCGGUUCCUUUUGUAAAUGGGAUAUUGUUCUGUAAGAUCCGCUUGCUGGACGGUGGCAGCUUCAGUGUAGAAUCCACCAGAGAGGUUGUCCAAGCCAACAGCGUCCGCUGGAAGAAAUGUUUUUCCUUUAUGUGCAAGAUGAGCGCAAGUGCGGCCUCCGGCAUUCUGGAUCCAUGUGUAUGCAGAGUAUCCGUGCGCAAGGAGCUAAAAGGUGGAAAAGCAUAUGCCAAGCUCGGUUUUGCAGACUUGAACCUUGCAGAGUUUGCUGGAUCUGGCAACACAGUUCGGAGAUGUCUCUUGGAAGGAUAUGACACCAAAAACACAAGGCAAGAUAACUCUAUCUUAAAGGUUGGGAUAAGUAUGCAGCUCAUGUCUGGAGACCCCUGCUUUAAAACGGCACCUUCCACCGGCACCUCUUUUGCAGUCCCUGGAGAUUCUGACUCUUUGCACGAAGACCGGAAAGGGCGAGAGACUAUGAAACUGCACUUGGGAGUUGCCGACCUUUCCUCAAAGAGCGCUUCCGUCCCUGACGAACUUGGGGCAUGUGGACAUUCCAGGACAUCGAGUUACGCCAGUCAGCAGUCUAAAGCAUCAGGAUACAGCACCGGCCACUCCCGGUCUUCCAGUUUGUCAGAGUUGAGCCAUCGGAGGAACACAUCGGUCGGUAGCGCGUCCACUGGUAUUGAGAGUAUUCCAGAACCAAAUGAAGAUGACGGCAACAAAGCUCCGGCAUUCAACCAGGAUAUUAAAGAAGAGGGGUCUUCCUCCGAAAAGCUCAGCAGGCUUCCAGUGAAACAGGACUCUGUCGAGUCACAGUUAAAAAGAGUGGAUGCUACUCGAGUGGAUGCAGAUGAUGUAGUAGAAACUAUUCUCCAAAGCCAGGACUUUACCCUUGACUCAAGUGCUGAAGAGGAAGGUCUAAGGCUGUUUGUAGGUCCUGGAGGGAGCACUGCUCUGGGAAGUCAUCACUUACCAAACAGGGGGGUUGGCGCAGGAGCAUAUGAACAGGUUGUCAUCAAACGCUGAGAAGACUGGUUUUGCGGUGGAGUAUAACUGUCCAGCCUAAGUGGUUUAAUACUUUGAAGACUUUUUAAUGGAAAGAAUAAACUGGUUUUUAGUUUUCCAAAUGAAGAUGCAUGCUGUGCUGCCAUAGGCCAAGGAUGGUUUCCUCAUCAUCCCUCCAUGAAUAUGAACAUUCAUUGUAUUCUUGGCAGAGAUCAGCCACAAAGAAGUCUCCCCUGAACAUGGAAUGCCAUGGCACUUUAACUGAUGUAACCCUGAUGAACUGCGACUGACAUCCCUCGUAUGAGAUUAGCUACAGAAAGUGGCUGCAAAUGUCAGGGUCCUUUCACAUGGGUAGAUGAUUGCCCAGCUGAGCACCAGUCUACGAUAUAAGUCAGUCUGCACUCGAUUUUUAUUUCCAUUUUCACAGGACAAUCAUUGGGAGUGGUUUUAAUGAAUGAUCAUUCUUGCAAUUGUUUGUUCAAACCCCUCCUCACAUAAUUACAUUGUUUUACACAGUGAUUUCUAUGGUCAUGUAAAAGAUACGAUCAAUGACACAGGGGCAUUUUAUGGUUCAUAGGGUGAUUAUAUAACAACAAAAAUGGGUGACCUUGUUA